UAUAAUCCGAUGAUUUGGAAGAUACACAACAUUUUAUUUUGAUUCAUUCAUCAAUGGAUCCAAAUAUGAACUCAAUGUUCUCCAACGAAACCACCACCUCCUCCUCCAUAGACCCAAUGUUCUCAACCUUCAGUCUCCAAUCACUCCUCACAUUCAACCCUUCCUUCUUCACCGACGCUACUUUCCACACUUUAACCGAUUAUCCUCCACUCCCUAACCUCCCUCAAUCCACCACCGACCAAACUCCAAACCUCAACAACAACAACAACAACAACAAAAAACAUCUCCUAGUUAUUCCAAAAACAGAACACCCUAUGAACAUCAAUCAUCUUCCUUCAAUAGAACAACUUCUCCCACUUCAACAAAACCAACAACAACCAUUCCAUUUCUUCCCUAAUAAUUACUAUCAACCCUUUCAAUCUUUUCACUCUCUCCCUCAACUCCGUUCACCGGAACCCACUUUCUCCGACACAAAACGUCCCCGUCUUAAUCUCACACCGGAAACCACUCCACCACCCUCUUCAGUUCGAGGAAAAUCUCCCUUGAUUCCUCAGAGCAACUUAGCCAGACAAAGAAGACAAAAGCUAAGCGAGAAAACGCGUUGUUUGCAGAAACUAAUGCCAUGGGAUAAGAAAAUGGAUCAAGCUACUCUUUUAGAAGAAGCUUAUAAAUAUGUUAAGUUUUUGCAGGCACAGUUCUCUGUUCUUCAAUCAAUGCCUUCUCACACAACCAACAACUAUGGUUCCGGCGCCGGCGCCGGCGGUGGUGGUGUUUUUGCUGACUUGGAAAAGCUUAACAGAAACCAAGUGUUGCAGGUUCUUGUGAACUCACCGGUUGCACAGACGAAGCUUUAUUCACAAGGUCACUGUGUUUUCUCCAUGGAACAAUUUUCUCUGCUCAGAAAAUUAUCAGAGAAUAGACAACAACAACAGAAUAUGUCUGAGCAUGAUUCUUCCAGAACUUUCUUUCACUGAGGAGAAACGAAACGACACCGUUUGCUACUUUUAUUUUUUUGGUUUUCAUGCUUACUCUCUGUUUCUGUCAAAGCUCUCUAAUGAUUUUCUUAUUUUUUUUUUUUUUAGGAAAAAAAACUUUUCUGCUUGGCAUUGUGUUCUACUUAUGGUUAAGUGUAUUUAA